UGUUCCAGGUAUUUCCCACGCCAGCUGAACGAGCAGUGCACGCCAUUAGCAGUGAUUUCCAUGAUGGAAAGCCUUGGGAUGAUUAACAAGUACAGAAUUAGCAAGGAUUCACUUGCCAGGUUCACCCUGAUGGUGCGCAAGGGAUACCGGGACCCGCCCUACCACAACUGGCUGCACGCCUUCUCCGUCACACACUUUGCCUUCCUCCUGCUGUAUAACCUCCGCUUGAUGGAGAUCAACGCCCUCACGCACCUGGAGGGCCUGGCGCUCAUCGUGUCCUCCAUGUGCCAUGACCUCGACCACCGCGGCACAACUAACUCCUUCCAGGUGGCGAGCAACUCCGUUCUGGCGUCCCUGUACUCCUCCGAGGGCUCUGUGAUGGAGCGCCACCACCUCGCCCAGGCCAUGUGCAUCCUCAACACAGACGACUGUAACUUCCUGGAAAAUCUGUCACAGCAGGAGUACACGCAGUUCCUCGACCUCAUGAGGGAUAUCAUACUUGCCACGGACCUGGCGCACCACCUCCGCCUCGUGUCCGAGCUGCGCGACGUGGCGGAGACCGGCUACGAUGGACACAACCCGAGACACCAUGAGCUCCUCAUCUGCCUUCUCAUGACCGCAGCCGAUCUCUCUGACCAGACCAAGGAUUGGCAGUCUUCCAAGCACGUGGCGGAGCUCAUCUACAAGGAAUUCUUCACCCAAGGCGACCUGGAGAAGGCCAUGGGGAACAUGCCCCUCGAGAUGAUGGACCGCGAGAAGGCCUUCAUCCCCGAGCUCCAGCUGCAGUUCCUCGACGACGUGGCCAUCCCCGUCUACGAGCUACUGGCCAAGAUGUUCCCCGGGGCGUCCGACCCUUACCACAACAUCCAGGCGAGCAGAAAGAACUGGGCAAAGUUGCGAGACGUCUACAAACGCAGGAAGCCGGAGUCUACGAGCUCCUUGGAUAUAUUCGAGGACGACUCACUUGAGGAAGACCUUGCCAAGGAGUUGUGAGGAGGAGAUGCUGCCGUGGCUGUUGCUGCCGUUGCUUGUUCCUGCUCCAAGUGAAAGGAAAAGGUGUCGGGUCUUGCUUUUCCUCGGGACCGACGGCCAAGGAGAGGGGCGGUUGCUGCUGUUUUGGAGGAACGACGAACAGAGCUAUGUGUGAGUGUGAGUGUGUGUGUGUUUGCGUGUGUGUGCGUGUGUGUGCAUCUGUGUGUGUGUGUGUGUGUGUGUGUGUGUGUGUGUGUGUGUGUUUGUGUGUGUGU